AUGUAUGCAGGUUACAAAUUGUACGAGGAUGCUCUUGUUGAGCUCAUCUUUUCGAAGGAGGUGUCAUUUAACAAUAGAGAAGCCCAGAUAAGGUUCAUACUUCAUAUGGAAUAUGAAUUUAUGGGUUUCCUAAUUGUUUUUGACCAUGGGAGGGUGUCCUCGCCGGCUUCGGAGCAGGACUAUUCCCUUGCGUCAAGUGGAAAAAGCUUUGUAGUUCCUGAUAGAUCUUCAGAUUCCCAAAACACUGUUGUUCAAUCUCCGGCGCCGAGCUUCUCUGAUGAAAAUCCGGUGAAUAGUCAGUUUUCUGGUGAGGAUAAUGUAACCGAAGUUAUACGCCGACCGCCCUUUUCGUCGCCGGCCGAAUCUGUUUCCAAAGCCUUGGACUUUUUGGCGAGGAACUUGUCCCUAGGAAAGCCGGCGAGUAGACAGUUUUCCGGUGGAUCUACAAAUUUCAGCCGUGUCAGAACACCAUCUCCGGCUUCGAAUCAUCACGUCGAAGCCAAAGGGGAUGUUGGAAAGAAAGCUGUGACCAAUGAUACGCGCCGACAUCCGCCUCCGUCGCUGGUGGAAUCUGCUUCCACCCACUCAAACUCUUCAGCGCCGAGAUGCUCCAGUAAAAAGUCAGUGAGUAGUCAGUUUUUCGGCUGUGUAGGAACACCAUCUUCGGCUCCAAAUCAUCACGGCGAAGCCAAAGGGCAUGUUGGAAAGGAUGCUGUGACCAACGAUACACGCCGACAUGGGUCUCCGUCGCCGGUGGAAUCUGGUUCCACCCACUUAACCCUCCAACGCCGAGCUUCUCCGGUGGACCUUCAGAUUUCAGACGUGUCGGAACACCAUCUCCGGCUCCGACUCAUAACAGCAAAGCCAAAUGGGACGUUGGAAAGAAUGCUGUAG